CCGCAAUUACCAUCAUGUGCUUGAAUGAAUCGCACUUGGUAGUGGUGACCUCAAGGUCGCCCUUAAGGAAGGAAAGAUGCCAUCAGGGUGCUCACCUUGACCACCGGCAUCCAUCAAGGUUCUCCCACGUAGCUUCUUAUACCAGCUAUUCUAUCUGAUUCCCUCGCCACUUUCUCACAUAACCAGAAGCGAAGAUAACACGACAUAAAAUGGGUGAUAUUCGAGUCCACGACGUCGUGAUUGUCGGCGCUGGACCAUGCGGCCUCGCCGUCGCGGCCCGUCUGUCAGAGCGUAUGCCCGCCGCCAACUUCUCCGACGACGAGCAUCAGAGAUACCAUUGGAUCCAGAAACACAGGAAUCGGGCUAGCAUCAAAAACUAUAAGACGGGUUUUGAGAUACGCCGGAAGUCAUCCACCAGUCCACCAGACAAAGAGGGACUUGACCUUCUAGUGCUUGAUGCGACUGACGAUAAGUGGAUGGCACGAUGGGAUAACCUAUUCAAAACUUUCGACAUCUCCCACCUCCGGAGUCCAAUGUUCUUUCACGUCGAUCCCGCAGAGCGUGACGGAUUAUUGGCUUAUACGUAUCGAAACGAUCGAGAUAACGAAUUAACGGAGCUUCGGGGAUGUGUCGGAAAAGAAUUGAGUAAACACCAGAGGAAGAAGAGAGAAAGGACCGGAAGACAACCCAAGACAGAACCUACGGUUGAUGAGCGUGAUCGAAACGACUACUUCGUUCCGUCGACGCCACUUUUCGCAUCCCACUGCGGAUGCCUGAUAGACCGAUAUGACCUGCGUGGUAAUAUGGUGUCACAUGAAAAGGUAGAAGAUAUUCGAUUCGACUAUCUCGAUGAAUUCUCCGAAGUCGACAAGAUCUUCACCAUCAGAACAGAUAGGGGCACUCAUCAUGCAAAGGCCGUGGUCUUAGCAGUAGGAGGUAACCCGCCCCAAAUCCCAGACCCACCAACCGAGGGAAUGGAGGGAGUGACCCACGCCAUGCAUAUUAAGGAAAUGCCGUCGCCUCGUGUUCGAGCGAAGCUCAACGCCAAGGUCCAGACAAAUAUUGUAAUAGUCGGGGGCGGCUUAACCUCAGCUCAGCUAGCCGACCUGGCUAUUCGUCGAGGAGUAACCAAAGUGUGGCUGUUGAUGCGGGGGCCCCUCAAAGUCAAGCCUUUCGACGUAGGGCUUGAAUGGGUGGGAAAGUUCCGGAACUUCGAGCAGGCUGCAUUCUGGACCGCAGACUCCACCGAAGAGCGGUGGGAAAAGAUCAAAACGGCCCGGAAUGGAGGCAGCAUCACGCCACCGUAUAAGAAAAUCCUAGAGCGGCAUAUAUCCACAGGUCGGCUUUGCCUGCUUCAGAAUACUACUAUCAAGGAAAAAUAUUGGGACUCGUGUUCUAGGACCUGGGCAGUGUCGCUAUCGGACGAGAGCCAGAAGCUUCCUCGAAUCGAUCACAUUUACUUCGCCACCGGCGUUCAGAGUAACUUCGAGGGUCUCCCAUUCUUGAAGUCCAUUUGCUCUGACUACCCUAUCGAAAGUUGCGGAGGACUCCCAUGUAUAACAGAAAACAUGGCCUGGAGAGAUGAUGUUCCCCUAUUCGUUGCCGGUAGGCUUGCUGCGCUACAGCUCGGUCCCGGCGCCCCUAACUUAAUCGGGGCUAGGAUCGGCGCAGAGAGGAUCGCUUGGUCAAUCCAAGAUUUUCUGGGAGCGAGGGAAUCCGGGAACGAAACCGACUUGAUGAAGCGCGAGUUCGACUAUCUCACCGGCAGAGGUAGUCGGUAUGAUGCCUUGGCGGCCGAAGUCGCAUAGCUCCCUCACCUAGGGUCUGUUAUCUUGCAUCCGGAUAGCUAGUAUUACCAAAUGAUUAUCAGUAGCAAAUUAGAUGGUGUUUCCAAAGUCUGGACAAGUCUUUGUGUUCUACAGUUCCGUUGGCAGGUUGUAGACCUUCACACGGACGUUCAGCUGUCAAGCCUAGUUGCAGAUCCAGCAUCGUAGCGACGGUCUAAAUUAGCCCGUGCGGUGAUAAUCA